AUGGCAACAUCCCCUGCAUCCUUCGUCGUCGCCAUCCCGGCGUCGUCGCAGAGUUGGAUCGCGUCGACUCAUCUUCUCGCGUCGCACGGGGCAGUGGCAACCAUGGAGUCGUCUUUCCUCUCUCAGCUGCGUUCUAUUCCCAUCAAGUCGGUGGUGUCCAUAUCUCUGUACUUUUUAACGUUUGGUGCAUGUCUUACCAUUGCCCUAUCCCGAGCGCUGAGAUCACUACCUUACACGAUCGCCGCGUGGAUAUACACCCCUAUAGCUCUCGCCUCCUUGUAUAUUACUUGGACCGAAAUUUUCAAAUUCAUCGAAAAUGACUACCAAACCUUUGGGGGCAAUAGUACCUUGACCGACUACUUGACCGAGAGCGACUGGUUCGACGCGGCAUAUGUGGCGGUGACGCGCAACCCCGAUGGUUGGUGGUGGAGCGUUCAGUUGUUGAAUGUCGCCGCCGUUAUUGUUGCCCUUAUUUGGAGUGAGGGUGUACAUCAUUGGGCUCGGAAAACCGUCAAGGGGGGGCCGGGAUUGAUUAGAGCAGGUCUUGGUAGCGCUCUGGCCUACGUUUUGCUGGGAUUUUUGGGCGCCAUGAGUGUUUGCUUUGCUUCCUUUUUGGUGCAAAGAAGUGUGAUAGAAAGAACCUACGUACUAAAGUCAUCUCCUCGACUCACGCCUAGCGUCUUCCUUCUCUUUGGAUUCUACGUUCUAGGAGUAGCCUAUACGCCCUAUAUCGAACCAUCUUCCGUGCUGUUUGGAGUCAAUCUAAAGCUCCUUCAUCUUGCUCUACUUCUGCCCGUCUUGGGCGCGGCUGGACCAGUUUUGAUUCACAGGCCAAAGACAAUCACAUCCACCACAAACCUGUCAAGCCAAAAAGGCAUCGAAAGUUUGUACACCUUCUUGGCGAUUGCAAACCUAGUCUCCUACGGUUUCGCGACGUACCAGCGUUGGCAAGACUGGAGCGGUCUCAACGUUCCGGAAAUCCUGCAGAGACAGGCCGAUGCUGUGUACGAUAACCCGUGUCAAGUGAGCAUCACUGCGGACCUUGCAUUCUCCGGCCUGAUUGCCGUACUAUUCCUCGCUAGCGAAGUCCGGAAAGGUGUUAAGGCGGGCCUGGUUGCACCUCUUCACGGUUUCUUGGUAGUCUUUGGGGGGAUGAUCGCUUCGCCGAUUGUUGGAAUCGCGGUGGUGCUACCUGCGUUUUUGGCAUGGCGUGAAGGGUGGGUUAGGAAGGAAGUAGGUGCCAAGAGCAAAGCAGCAUAAGAGCGGCAUUAUUUAGUGCCACAUGUUUUCUGUUGUUGUUUGUUGUUCUUUAUAGUUGGAUACCGUUGUAGAGUGUAUUGUAUUUGAGAUGCGGUAAAAAUAUUACUGUGAGGUAACCGAGA